CCCCGGGCCCACCGGGUGUUGUUUCGGGGAGGUUGCCACGGUAACCGACCGGCUAGAGAGCAGCGAGAUGUCGAGCGGAUCGGAUAUGUCUCUGCUUGACUGCACCGGAGCCCGAAUCUCCGGAUGCUGGUCACUGAGAAGCGACCGCAGUGGGAGCGGAGAGGACUCGCUGGACCGGCUCCUGCCUCACGCCGGGGCCCCCCGCAGGAAGAGCGCCACCUCUCUGAGUAAAACAGAACCACCUCUGCUCCGCACCGGCACACGUACCAUCUACACCGCCGGCCGCCCUCCCUGGUACGACGAGCACGGCGCUCAGUCCAAAGAGGCUUUCGUCAUCGGUCUGUGUGGGGGCAGCGCCUCAGGGAAGACCACUGUGGCCAACAAGAUCAUCGAGGCGCUCGAUGUGCCGUGGGUUGUGCUUCUGUCUAUGGAUUCUUUCUACAAGGUUUUAUCCCCAGAGGAGCAGCUCCUGGCAGCGCAGAACGACUACAACUUUGACCAUCCGGGGGCGUUCGACUUUGAGCUGCUGGUGGCCACACUGCGAAAGCUGAAGCAGGGAAAGAGCGUCAAGAUCCCAGUGUAUGACUUCACCACGCAUGGGAGGCAGAAAGACUGGAAAAAUGUGUACGGCGCGAGUGUUAUCAUAUUCGAGGGAAUAAUGUCUUUUGUAGACAAAGAGCUUCUUCAGCUGCUGGAUAUGAAAAUCUUUGUGGACACAGACUCAGACAUCCGACUCGUCCGCCGGCUCCGCAGGGACAUCACAGAGCGCGGCCGGGACAUUGAAGGCGUCAUCAAGCAGUACAACAAGUUUGUGAAGCCUGCCUUUGAGCAGUACAUUGAACCCACCAUGAGGCUGGCCGACAUCGUUGUGCCUCGAGGUGGUGGGAACAUGGUGGCCAUCGAUCUGAUAGUUCAGCACGUCCACAGCCAGCUGGAGGAGCGUGAGCUCAGUGUCAGAGCUCUGCUCGCCUCGGUCCAGCAGACGCAGCCGCUGCCUCAGACGCUCAGCGUGCUGGAGAGCUCGCCGCAGGUCCGCGGCCUGCACACCAUCAUCAGGAACAGAGAGACGAGCCGAGAUGAGUUCAUCUUCUACUCAAAGAGAUUAAUGCGUCUUCUCAUCGAACAUGCUCUGACUUUUCUACCCUCUCAGCCUUGUGUGGUUCAGACUCCGCAAGGCCCGGACUACGACGGGCGCAGCUACAAGGGGAAAGGAAUCACCGGCGUCUCCAUCCUGAGGGCAGGAGAGACCAUGGAACCCGCCCUGAGGGCCGUGUGCAAGGACGUCCGCAUUGGGAAGAUCCUGAUCCAGACCAACAUGGACUCCGGCGAGCCAGAGCUGCACUACCUGCGCUUGCCCAAAGACAUCAGCGAGGAUCACGUCAUCUUGAUGGACAGCACCGUCUCCACCGGCGCCGCGGCCAUGAUGGCGGUCCGGGUUCUGCUGGAUCAUGAGGUUCAGGAAGAAAAAAUCAUGCUGGUGUCGCUGCUGAUGGCUGAACUGGGAGUGCACUCUGUGGCCUACGCCUUCCCAAAGGUCAAGAUCAUCACCACCGCUGUGGACAAGGACCUGGACGGAUCCUUCCACGUUAUUCCUGGUAUCGGAGACUUUGGGGACCGGUACUUUGGGACGGAUGGGUCGGUUGGUUGGAGCGAUGAAGAGAACCAGGAAGCGAGAGAGAGGGGGAUCUGAGCCUGGAUGCAGUUUUCUCUGCACUCACACGAGUAGAAACCACUGCUUGAACUGAGAGGCUCCCAUCUGAGGUCACGGACGGUCACAGGCUGGCAGCUGAAUAUUUUUACCUCCUCAGACUC